AUGCUUCUCGCUUCCGUAAUAAGACAGUGCUUGUCUGCCCUCUCAGGUAUUACAUACUUUACGAGGACUGCUUCUGCCAUACUUAUUGGUGCUGGUAGCGGUAAUACGACGACACGCGGAAACGAGCAUCCAUCUAAAGUUCUGCUACUUAAAUAUGAUUAUGAACCGGUGAUCAAUGGGCCUGACGCUGCAAAUCCAAAUAUACUUGGAGAGGCACUUCAAAUCAUCGUGGAUUCGCUUGGAAUCACGGAAUCACAUCCUCCUGAACUAAAGUUUGCGGUUGCGCCGGGCAGAGGAUAUGCAGGCGAUUCUGAGGACCUUUAUUCUACUGGAUACCUGAUUACAUUCCACAUGCGGCAUGGGUUUGAUCCAAGUAUCCGUGGUGCAUAUCAUGCAUUCAUCCAAUAUGCUAAAAACUUCAAUGAGAAGUUUCCUCGAGAAAGAGCGAAAAUACUUUCAGGCCAACUUUAUCGCGAGCGAUACUAUGCGCGCGAAACGUACGAGACUGUUUUGACAUUUCAAAAUGGAAAAGUGCAGUCAGGUCAUUGGAAAGAGGGGAAGAGAACCCUUGACAUGGUAGACAAUAAGGAAUGGUGGAUGAAGACUGGAUUUAGAAGCAGCAGAGAUGUAAAGAGUUGA